CUUGGGCUGGCGUCACCAGAUUCUCACAAACGACGGAUCACAUGACCACAUGAGAAACGGGAGUCGUGAGAAAGUCUCACUCUGGACGUAAAAGUGACCCCGAGUCCCAAAGUGUGAACGCCACGUGGUGACGCGUGCGGUGACGCAGGUCCCCGGGCUCCUCACCGCCGAGACACCCGGGGCUAAUAAUAACUCACGCCACCAUGUCGGUGCUGUCUCUGGCCGUUCUCCUGUUUUUCAGAGGCUCUACUUUCUCUGCCGCAGCCGACUGUGAAGUGUGUGUGAGCUUCCUCCACAGACUGUACGGCAGCCUGAACUCAGCCCACACAGAACUCACCCCGGCCCUGGUGGAGGAGGAGCUGCUCCGGGCAUGCACCGUCGCCCAGGGGAAGGAAGCCAGGCUGUGUUACUACCUCGGAGCCAGUAGUGACUCAGCGACACGUGUCACAGCAUCAGUGUCCCGCCCGCUGGCCUCUCACGUGCCCGUUGAGAAGAUCUGUCAGCGCAUGAGCAGCACAGACACACAGAUCUGUCAGCUCAGUUAUGAGCCUCAGCUGAAGGAUCUGAGCAGCGAUGGGCUGAAGAAGCUGAGAGUUUUGGAGCUGAGGAACAUCUUAGCCUCAUGGGGGGAGGAAUGUCGAGGCUGCCUGGAGAAACACGAGUUCGUCAGCCUCAUCCAGGAGAAGGCCCCGCUGCACGCUCACACUGUGGAACUAUGAGUCGCAGUUAUGUGUCUCUUCCAGCCGCACAGUAAAUAAGACACAAACUUGCGUAUUCUUCAGUAUUAACGUACACAGACUUGACUUGGUUAUCCAAAUAACGAAACAAAUUCAAAUUGAGGAUUUUUGCCCUCUUAGUUUGGGCCUGAUUGUGACAAUAAAGUGCCGCUAAACUUUCCAGUGGCCAUCUUGUUUCUCAGGCGUCUAACUAUAAACACCCAAUUUCACCAUAUUCACGGGGCGGCCAUUUUCCUCUGAGGAAAGCUGUGUCUGCCCGUCUCCUUCACGGGCCAGAUAGACCGCAAAUAACAGCCAAACCGAAAUGGGACGGCCUGGUCUACAGGGGAUUCUGUGAUUGGUGUUACCAGCUCCCCCCCUUAUUGCUGUUGCCUGUACUGUUAGCUGUUCAGUUGAGUUCAAGCGUGAUACGUGCAUCGGAUGUCUUGUCGCUUGCUGGCACCAUGACCUCUUUGAAAAAUGGUUUGUCACUGAAGUGUAAUGAAUCCUGGGAUAGGCUGGGCCGGGAAGGAUCCUUUGUUGGAGACUUUGUUUCCCAGGGAUGGAAGGACACAUUUGUCGGAGCCUUCUAGACAGUUAAUACUUUGCUAGUUUGAUUACAUCCAAUCCAUUUUUCGUACAGUCUGCUGUGUACUGGUAGUGAAUGAGCUAUCAAAUAUGUAAUUAUCCGGCGUGGAUUUGGUUUCUUUUGGUUUAUAUCACCCGCAUGAAUUUUGAUCCGGUCAAGACCAGAGCAGGGCCAGAUUAAAGAGACCGGAUUUGUGCCAGUAUUGGCCCGUUGUGCCAAAGGACACCGGCCCAAGCCCCUUCUGUGGAUCUGGCCCAGAGGAAACGUUUGUCUCCAAUAUGGAUUUUAAAGUAUACAAUAUUAGCCCUGAACCUUCGCGGGACGAGAUGAGCCCAGAAUUGCCCCUAAUGGCUGUGCUGACAACGUAUGACUGGUGUGUGAUACAAAAGGUGCUGGAUAUAGAAAAUGAAUGUGUGUGUUGUUGUGCUAUAUAAAUUCUUUUCUUACAAAAGUCCUUUAAGCUUGUAGCCUGUAUGGCCGGGGUUUUUGUCCUUUAAAAAAUAAAACAAUCAUAUCAAACUGUGUA